AUGGAAAUUGCUUCGCGCUCAAUUCCAGACAUGUUGAGUAAUCUACCAGAAGAAAUACUAGCAAAAAUCUUUUCAUCUUUGUCAAUAAGAGAUGUGGUAAGGACAAGUAUCCUAUCAACUAAUUGGAGAUACAAAUGGAUUUCAGUUCCACAUCUCAUAUUCAAUGAUGAAUGUAUACCAGUUUCUGAUGGUUCACUUGUUUGUCAUGAUAAACUUGUUAAAAUUAUCAAUCAUGUUCUCUUACAUAAUCGAGACCCAAUUCUGACAUUCAAGAUCUCUAGUUCGCAUUUGCAAACUAGUUCAGAGAUAGACAUUGUUCCUCCUGUGACCUUCAAAGGCUUUAGCUGUCCCACAAAUCUGGUUUUUAAAAAAGUUACAAUCUCUAGUGUAACAUUGAAAUGUUUGGUUUCUGCUUGCCCUCAACUAGAAAGUUUGACAUUGACUGAUAUUGAUGGUCCUAUAUUUAUUGAACUUAGCAAUCCAAAACUCAAGUACUUGUGGAUCUCUGGAAAAUUCACUGGUAUGUGCCUCAAAGAUUUGAGACAUUUAGUUUUUGCAAGCUUUGAUGCAUCAACUGCAGAUCAUUUCCUCCAAUGGAGAACUUGCAACAUUAGCAACAUUCUUGGCUCUCUAGUCAGUAUUCAAAAGCUUGUCAUGGGAGGCUGGUUUCUACAGUCCUUAGUCAUUGGUGAUGUGGCGAGGAGGCUUCCUAAUACUUAUGAUCAUUUGAAGACAAUUUCCUUAGCAUUAAAUGCGGUAGAUAUGAAAGAGAUUUUAAUUGCUAUAAGUUUACUUAAUAGCUCCCCUAAUUUGCAAGAACUUAAAAUCUGGCUCUGGUAUAAUAGGGAAUAUGCUAUUGUUCCUGUCGUAGAUCUGCAAGAAGCAAAGGAUCAGUUGGAGUGUACAUUCAACAAACUCCGGGUUGUAUAUAUUUCUGAAUUCUCUGGCAUGGAAAUUGAUUUGGUACUUGUUAAAUUUAUCCUUGCCAAUUCUCCAAUGCUUGAGACAAUGAAGAUCAAGUUUGGAAUUGGCAUUGAACCAUUACCAUUGUUAAAACAGUUGCUCCAAUUCAAAAGAGUUUCACCACAUGCGGAAAUUGUGUACUUGGACCCUAAAACUUGA